UGAGGGGAGAUGUGCUGAAAAGAGGAGGAGCAGAGGGGUGUGUUGAAGAAGAGAGGUGUUUGGAGAAGAGGCUCAGGUGUGCGUGACUGGAAAACGGAGGAAGCUUCGGAAGCUGCACAGCGAUCUGCUGCUGCUGCUGCUGCUGCUGCUGCUUUCGGGCUGUUUGACAUUGGGGUAUCGGCAGUCUCUUUCGUCUGUGGUGCCAGCAUGCAUCUUACUUGUGAAGCGGGACCGUGAGGGUGAUUUCAGAGAGACAUGAAGGACCCUAUCAGCUUUCUGGGAACAUGUCGUUCAUUGACCUGUUCCAGUGGAAACCGUCUCAGCCUGGUAACUGGGGGAUUGUGGAGUUGUUUCAACCAUCAGUAAAAUCUUUGUCAGACUCUCUCCUGAAUCUUCCAGGUUGCAUUGAAGCAACUGUCUCAGCUGUCCCACUAAUGCUGCCCCCUUGACAUACAAAAAUACCCUGAAAAGCAAGUUGGAAAUGGAUAAUACCGAGAUGAGUUUUAUUUCAAGCCUUCCACUGUGCCAUCAGCUCUUGAGAUGGUCACCCAAGCUGUUCAACGAACACUAGUACCUUGUGACACUUGUGGACAUACAAUCUGAGAGCUGCCUGUGCUUCAUUACCUCGCUGGACCAUGAUGAUGCUGUCGCUUCUGCUGUUUUUGUCAGUUUGGGUGUGGUGUGAAGGAGCUGACUCCAGUGAACGCAGAGUCGUGGCACACAUGCCUGGAGACAUCAUCAUUGGAGCUUUGUUCUCUGUCCAUCACCAGCCUCCUGCUGAUAAGGUUCAUGAGCGCAAGUGUGGCGCGGUUCGUGAGCAGUAUGGCAUCCAGAGGGUGGAGGCCAUGAUGCAUACAUUGGACCGGAUCAACGCCGACCAAAACAUCCUUCCCAACAUCACUCUGGGCUGCGAGAUCCGGGACUCGUGUUGGCACUCGGCUGUGGCUCUGGAGCAGAGCAUCGAGUUCAUACGAGAUUCUCUUGUGGCCUCCGAUGAGGCAGAGGAGUGGGGCGGUGUGACCUCGUGGGGAGGAGGAGGCGGUGGAGGAGGAGCGACAAUGAAGUGUGCAGACCCAUCUGCUACUCCGAUGCGGGGAAAGAAACCCAUUGUGGGUUUAAUUGGACCAGGGUCGAGCUCUGUAGCCAUCCAGGUGCAGAACCUGCUGCAGCUUUUCAACAUACCGCAGAUCGCCUACUCUGCCACCAGUAUGGACCUCAGUGACAAGAGCCUUUAUAAAUAUUUUAUGCGAGUAGUCCCUUCAGAUGCUCAGCAAGCACGAGCCAUGGUGGACAUUGUCAAAAGAUACAACUGGAGCUAUGUGUCUGCUAUCCACACUGAAGGGAACUAUGGUGAGAGUGGCAUGGAAGCAUUCAAAGACAUGGCGGCCAAGGAGGGCAUCUGUAUAGCCCACUCAGGUAAAAUCUGGAGCAACGCUGGAGAGCAGAGCUUUGAUCGUCUGCUGUUGAGACUGAAGGCACACCUGCCCAAGGCCAGAGUAGUGGCAUGUUUUUGUGAAGGCAUGACCGUUCGCAACAUUCUCAUGGCGAUGAAACGCAAGAAAGUGGUGGGAGAGUUUCUUCUCGUCGGCAGCGAUGGAUGGGCAGACAGGUACGAUGUGACAGAAGGCUAUGCCGAGGAAGCAGCCGGGGGUAUUACCAUCAAGCUGCAGUCAGCGGACGUGAAAUGGUUUGAUGAUUACUACCUUAAGCUCCGUCCUGAAAACAACCCCAGGAAUCCUUGGUUUCCGGAGUUCUGGCAGCAUCGGUUUCACUGCAGACUUAAAGGUCAUCCACAGGAGAGCAACAAGUACAACCGCACCUGUGAGAGAAAGGAUUCCCUGCAGACUCAUUACGCACAGGACACCAAGAUGGGAUUUGUCAUUAAUGCUAUUUACUCAAUGGCAUUCGGCCUGCAUAACAUGCAACGUUCUCUAUGCCCAGGCUAUCAGGGCCUUUGUGAUGCUAUGCGACCUAUAGAUGGUGCUACUCUGCUGGACUUCCUGAUGAAAACCAACUUCACUGGUGUGUCUGGAGAGGGAAUUUUAUUUGAUGAAAAUGGAGACUCACCUGGCAGGUAUGAAAUAAUGAAUUUCAAGAAGAUGGGGAGGGACUACUAUGACUACAUCAAUGUUGGUAGUUGGGACAACAGCGGAUUGAAGAUAGCUGAUGAUGAAAUUUGGUCCAGGAAAGAUGCCAUCAUUAAAUCGGUCUGCAGUGAACCCUGUGACAAAGGGCAAAUUAAGGUGAUCCGCAAGGGUGAGGUGAGCUGCUGCUGGACGUGCACCCUGUGCAAAGAAAACGAGUUUGUGUUUGAUGAAUACACCUGUCAAGCCUGUAAUCUAGGCUCCUGGCCUAAUGAUGGCCUCACAGGCUGCGACCCGAUCCCUGUGGAGUACCUGCGAUGGGGGGAUCCAGAACCCAUAGCUGCUGUGGUAUUUGCUUGCCUCGGACUAAUGGCUACCUUCUUUGUCACUGCAGUUUUUAUCUAUUUUCGGGACACCCCUGUUGUGAAGUCCUCCAGCCGGGAGCUGUGCUACAUUAUACUAGCAGGGAUUUGUCUCGGAUAUCUGUGCACCUUCACCCUCAUUGCAAAGCCCCACGUGAUCCACUGCUACCUCCAGCGACUAGGAAUCGGUCUGUCACCUGCCAUGAGUUACUCUGCACUUGUUACCAAGACGAACCGCAUCGCUCGGAUCCUGGCAGGGAGCAAAAAGAAGAUCUGUACGAAGAAACCUCGCUUCAUGUCAGCCUGCGCCCAGCUCAUCAUUGCCUUCCUCCUCAUACUGCUGCAGUUGGGCAUCAUUGUGGCUCUUUUCCUCAUGGAGCCACCGAAUGUGAUCAACGACUACCCUAGCAUCCGCCAGGUCAACCUUAUUUGCAACACCACUAACCUCGGAGUGGUGGCCCCCCUGGGAUACAAUGGCCUGCUGAUCCUCAGCUGUACCUUUUAUGCCUUUAAGACCCGCAAUGUCCCAGCAAAUUUCAACGAGGCCAAGUACAUUGCUUUUACCAUGUACACCACCUGCAUCAUCUGGUUGGCGUUUGUUCCCAUCUACUUUGGCUCCAACUAUAAAAUCAUCACCAUGUGCUUCAGUGUCAGCCUCAGUGCCACUGUGGCUCUGUGCUGCAUGUUUGUACCCAAGGUGUACAUCAUUCUGGCCAAGCCAGAGCGUAAUGUGCGCAGUGCCUUUACCACCAGCACCGUGGUCCGGAUGCAUGUGGGAGAUGGGAAGUCAUCCUCAGCUGCUAGCCGCUCUUCCAGUCUGGUUAACCUGUUUAAGCGUAGAGGCUCUACUGGAGAGACCCUCAGCUCAAAUGGUAAAUCGGUGUCUUGGGCGCAGACAGAGCGCAGCGGUUCUCGAGGCAACCACCUGUGGCAGCGGCUAUCCUUCCACAUCAAGAAGAAAGAGAACAAUCAGACAGCGGUCAUUAAGCCCUUCUCCAAAACCUCUGAGGAGCGGUACUCUGGGGGAUCCGACUUGCCUCCACAUGUACCUCUGCCCUCCCUCCCUUCCAUGUCCUCCUUGCCCACUCAUCCUGACUGCGUCACAGACAAGACUCUCUAUGAGCUCUCAGAAGCAGAAGAGCACUACUCAAUCACCUAUCGCCCGCAGACGCCGUCGCCGAUCAGUACAGUCAGCCAGAGGAUAGGAGCCAGUUUGGGGGAGGAGUCCCAGGUGGCCUGCAUUUCUAAGUACUCUAGCAGCGUCUGCAGUGGCGGCAGCAGCAGCAGCUGCGGGCCUCCGAGCAGCGGCUCCGUUGCGGCUGGGAGCGAUGGGCGUCUGGUGGCCAUUGACAACCGUCCACCGCCACGCCAGAAUUCGCUGAUGGAUCAGAUCAGCUGUGUGGUGAACCGCUUCACCGCCAACAUUACUGAGCUCAACAGCAUGAUGCUCUACCCCUCGCCGACGCACACGCACAAACACACUCCCCCCGCCACUCAUCCCCCUGAUCCUUACCUGCUACCCCGGGAGAUCCCGAUGCCCCCGACCCUCACCACCUAUGCUGACGUCCAGCCCCUUCCCCACAUUGAGCCCAGUCUGGGCAACCGGGGCGGCUGUCCAGUUCACUCCAUCCCUCGCUCGCCUUACCCCCUUCAGCCUCCGCCUCAUCCCCACACAUCCCCGUCGCUCUCCCCCAUAAGAGGAAGCCUAGUCGCCUGCAUCCCCGACUCCCCACUCAGGAGGGUUGAGCUGGAAGAGGAGCUCAUCGCUCUUACUCCUCCUUCGCCCUUCCGUGACUCUUUGGGAUCCAGCAGUGGCUCCCAGAUCUCAGAGACUGGUUUGUUUGUCCCUCCUGUCCCCAACCACCCACCCCCUUCUCCUCCCUCACCUAGGUACACAAGACUGACUCUCAGAAACUACAGUCAGAGUUCCUCCUCACUGUGAGGGAGAGGUGAUGAUCUGGAAAAAGUAGAUCAAACAGGACCGUUUGAUCACCGUUUGGAGUCAAAACCCGAGGAGACGUCGUCAUGGAGGGCUGGUUGGUGAAAAUACCAAGCUGUGUUUGUGUUUACAUGUUUACAGUGAGAUGCGUGUACUAGAGACCGGCAGGAUGUCGUAUCUUCUCGCCGUCUUUAUUGGUUGAGAAUUGAAAACGGCCGCUCUGACUCGGAGGUGUUUCAGUAACAGCAGAAAUUCUUCCUGGAGGUUCUCUGUCAUUUAGAUUGGGCUAGUGGCCUUAAGGUAACUUGGCUGACAACUAAUUACAGAUUCUGUGUGUGCGCUUCAGUGGGCCUGAGUGUGUUUUUGCUGUAUCUUAGAGAAGGAGAGGUGACAGGAAUAUGGCAGCAGAGUGCCUGUAAGAACUACAAAGGGACAAGCUACAAAGGGCACAUACCGAAAUAUAUUUGCUAACACAAAUCACAAAAGUGUGAGCACAUGAUUAUAAAUAAAGUGUGUGAGGAAUAGCAGUGGAUUUAUAGGACACAUAAAUUUUGUCUUCAGUGAUAAAAUCCAAUUAGUGUCUAAUUAAAGUGCAUUGUGUGAACAGUGUUGACAUUCUAAAACAGUGUUAAUCUAGAACAUUUUGUUCCAAAAGCUUAGUUUAUUUUGUUCAGCUUUCAUCACAUCAGUGUGUUUUCAUAUUUUCUACUCUUCCAGUAAGUCUGAAUGUAUAUUUUCUACAUUAUUCCUGAGGCAGUUGGGACCAAAUCUUUUGUAGCUCUACGCCUAUAACUUGAGACAGGGAGAACGAAGGGGGUGUGGCGAGACCAGGCCUCGUUUUUACUGUGAACAUUUCCAGUAUUUAGCUCUCACUCUGGUGGAUCAUUGGGAAGGAUCUCUCCUUAAAGCUUUUCUGCUAAUAUGUGGCAUUCAGAAAUGCAUUCUGAAAGGCUUAGCUGGAUUCCAGUCAUGACAUUUUCCAGAUACAAUAUGUCAGUAGGUGGCGGUAACCUGUUUCAUCUAAAACAGUGCUUUAAAUGGAAUUAGAAUGAAAGUCAUUAACAUUUACAGUGGAGUACAAAUUGACAGUUGAGCUGGCGGUUUCAGUCUUAUAAAAGGUAAUUUGUUGAACAACCUUUUUAAUUUUAAAAGACAAAUUAAAGUUAUGCAUUUUUUCCAUUUAUCCAUUGAAAUGAUAUCUUUUAUCACAAGUUCCAUAAAAAGCAGUAAGAAAUGACUGACACCUAGCAUAGGCAAAUGUUCACAAUCAAGAGUAAAACACUGACAUGAAUAUCGUCUAAAAUCAUGAUAUAUAUUUCCUUAUUUGGGGGGAGAAACUGCUAUCUUGCUGAGAGUGAGGGAGAGUCAAGGCUAGGUUGGUACAUACUGUAGUUGCAAUUUGGAAAUGUUCUGGGAUUUGCUCAUUGGUUAGGCUCUGUUAUUAAUUAUACUAGUUGCUAGUUUAUUUGUUAACGUUUUAUUUGCUCUAACACAAAAAGCUGUGUUCACAGAUGGGUAUUUGACAACACAAUGUCAGAUUUUUCUUCUUUGGGAAAAUGCUUUUUGUUUUUUUCCAACUGGGAGCUGAAAACAAACAAACAAAAACAUCUGACUACAAGUAGUUAACACAUUGAGAGUUUUCAAAGCCAAGUUUAGUCUGUGAUUCUGACCCCUCCAAUAUGGGUAACAAUUGCAACACCAUGCAACCCUGGGUAAAUACUUAUGUAAUGCAUGAGUCCAUCAAAAAUGUCAUCAGUUGUAAAAGAAAUGUAUUGUUCAGUAGUUUGUAUUAAUCAAUAGCAUAACAAUAUGUGAUAUUACCGUGAAAUCACUUGAAUAAAUCAGAACUAAAAGAAUAAUUAGACAACCCUAACCCUAACUUUCACAUUACCACUUUAAACCAUAGUUUUUUUGUUCCAGCUUUUCAUCAUACCAGCCCAUUCCUUAUCAUAUACCAAUAUGAAAUUUGGACGUUUUGUUUUCAGUCUUGUGACGACCCCUCCAGUCAUCACAUCUGUGUGUAUCAGCUGCUGUUCUCUCUCUUGCUUUGUCGGGUGACCUCUUCAGAUGUUGAGUGGAACAUAAAUUAAUAGGUUGUAGUUGUAAUCCCUUUGACUUACAGCUUAAAUUGUGUUAUUGUUGGUUGUGUCUAAAGAAUGUGUGGGUUUCUUUGUGGGUUAAUUGAAUUUACCGACAAAGAUAACGUUGAAAAAAAUUGACCCAGUUUGCUUAUGAAGAUUUUCAAAAUAAAAGUUAUCUUCUUUUAGCAUUUUUCAGCGGACAGUAAGUACCUCUUGAAUUUCUGUCUGGUAAAUACAUCAGGACAUUUUCAGGAUGCUUCUAUUGAGGGAACGUAAAUCAGAGUUGUGUAAUUAUUAUCAGCUCACUCUCAGCGAAAAAGCAAAUCUCUUCUCUUACAUUCAGAUUUUAUGUCAGUUGCUUCCUACUCAGGCCUGGUCCUGUGUCAUGCAUCCUGAAGAUUUAACUGUCUCAUAAUCGGACACGUUUUUGUAGAUGUCUGAGCAAACUGGCUUUGUGGAGAACUGGGGAUGCCUUUAAAGCGAAUGUAUUUACAUGUGCCAACGCUUGCUUUCUGGGUUGCAGCAGGAGAGAUGUGCAGAUGAAUGCAUUCCACACAACCCCUCCGAGAGACGAGGCCUUUGCUUGUGUCAGCGUCAACAAAAACCGCCCACAGUAUUGGUUCAUUGGUUCAGAUGCACAAUACAUGCAUUUUUACUUUAGUUUGGUUAACUGCAGUAUGUAUGACUCAAUUUAAAAGAAAUUUCAAAAAGUGCUUCAAAGUGUUUCCUGUGACAUAUUGUCCACUACCGUCUCCAUGUAUUUUCUGCACCAUGUGCAUUUGUCUGCUGUGAGGGAAGAAGCUGUCUGAUGUUUGCUUAACAUUUGCGCUCCACUGUAGCCGGCAAGAACAAACUCAGACAAAGUGAUCUUGUAAAUAACAAGGGCAUGCAAAGACAGACCUGUUUUGUUUAAAUUAAUUGAAUCAAGAUGAAAGACAGUUUAUUUACAUAUCAACCAAUGUUAAAAAAAGAGAAAAAAAAUCUGAUGUUUUUAAGCUGUUAUAACAUACAGUACAAAUACGUGUUACGACUAGAGAAACUGUGUUCCUACGCUGAAUGUGUGAGUGACAAAUCCUAUUCAAAUGUCUCGUAAUUGAACAAUAUUAUGAUACUUGCUAUUAAUAUGAUUAUUGUGCCAAAGGGGUAAGAGGUGUCUAGUUUACUAGAUUGUGGGUUAAAAUAUGUGGUUUCAUAUAAAAAAGAAAAAAAAAUAAUGUAAAUUGUUUCUAUUGUUUUGGAUACAUUUUAGAUAAAUAUUUCAUAUUUUUCAGUGUAGAAGCAAUAUUAUCUAUAUGUAUACAAGGUCCACAUCUGAGGUUUUAUAAAUCAUCCAAAAUUGCCACUCUUAUUACAAGCCCUCUCUGGAUAACUCUGUAAGGAUGGUGGGUUGAUAGCUUGAAACUUUGCUUUGCUUUGUAUUUAAUCUGUAUUUGUUGAAAUUCAUUGUUAUUUUCCUACUCUUGGUUUAUACUUUAAUCACAUUUUUACUGUUUAUCCCUGGCUGUAAUCAUAUAUAAUUGAUUGAAUAGUAUGUAAAAUGAUGUCAUACUGUUAAUUAGGACAAAGUAAUGAAACUAAUUGGUCCAAAGAGGGGGGGAAGGCUGAUAAACACAAGGUUAUAUGAUUUUGAACACAUAAAACAAGGAAUUACAUCUGACCUGUUGUCAAAAACCAUCAUGUAGGGUUCCUAAGGAUUUUUGAAAAGUAUGGAUAUUUUAGAAAAGUAUUUGUUUUUCCAUUAAUUUUCUCAUGUUCUGUUUUCUAAGAAAAAACAUGUUGUUUUUUUAUUUUUCGUUUAAAUCAGUGAGCACAUAUUCAAAGUCCAUUCCACCUAAAGUGGCAGGUUGUAUACUGCCUUAGGUGGAAUUGCCGCAAAGUCAACUGGUACUUUUAAUGGCACCGUCUGGUUGUAAAACAUAAAAACCUAAUAAUACUUGUCAAUGGAAAACAUUUUUAAAAUUAAGUUUUGUAAAGUGCAAUUAAAUUGCUGACUAUUUCUUAUCGUGACAUAUUUUGCAUAAAGGUGACAGAGGUUAGCUUAGCCCUUAUUCAUAAGUUGAGUUUGAUUUUAACGUAAUUACAAAUUCGCAAAAUCAAUUCCUUUUUUUCUUGAAGAGGACUUUAACCUUGUAAUAUGUUUGUUUGUUGUGUGUGUGUGUUUUUUUUUUUUACAUUUUAUAUUAUUUUUAAAGCAUGCAGGAAUAAUGCAAGCAUAUUGCUAUCCAACCAACAGCUGUAAAUUUGAAGUGAAGCUUUUUACUCAGAUGUGAAAAAUUGUUCUUAAGAAAUUUGAAAAUACAAGUCUGGAGAAGAAUUAACCUUUCAGAUAGAAAUUGUGUAGGAAUCCUGCACCUGUAUUAAUGCUGAACUGAUCUGGAGAAAAUGGUUUGUUUGCUGCCGUCACUGACGGUGCUCAGAUUGGGUUCAGAGACAAACAAAAAGCUUACUGCAGCACUUCAGCUGUGUGUUGGAGCCUCCUGGGUGAAACGCUGAAGCCUCCGCAGAAAGCUAAGAUUUAUCUCACUCUCUGACAACUUGGUUUAAUUUAUUGUCUCUUUAAUACAGAUCGCUUAAAAUGGUAAUUAUCGAACAAAUAGCAAAACUAAGUAGAACAGAAUGUAUAACACAGUGGUGUUAAAAGCAUAUAAACAUAUUUAAUAAUGUGCUUAUGAUAAAGUCAUAAGCACAGAAUUAAUGUAGCAUUUCAACUAAAUUACUUUGUUUGGGAAAGAAAAGCAUUUAUUUCUUUAGCAAAAUGAGAUUUGGCCACAAGUCUAAACUGUUUUUUAAUUUUUGUUUUUCCUUUCAAAAGGCUGUUGGCUAACUCACUUUCAUAAACACACUCUAAUAAAUUGAACGCAUAAUCCCUGUGCUUUAACAUUUCUUUAAUCCGGACAUGCUCAUCUGUUUAGUUGGUGAAAAAAUAUAGAUUCCGAUAUUUUAAACCCCUUGACUGAACGUUUAAAACCAUUUCUGUGCUUAUCAAAACGUCCUUCCUGUCUCGCGUUAAAAAGUCAGCUGAUCCUGAUGUCAUGCCCUUUGCCUCCCCCAGCAUUAUUUCAACAAGCUUUAGGCUUUUAGGUUUAUUUGAUGAUAUGGUGAUGACAGAGGCUUUUGUUUGUCACAAAGAGAGAAUCUUGUUGAAUUGCUGUUGCAUAAAACAUAAAACGUUUUGUAAGGUCCGACACUAAUGCACUUAAAGACCAUGACUUCUCUACACAGGAGAAGCAUAUGAUAGACCAAAUUUCACAAAGAUCAAUGAUGGGAUUCAUAGUUUUAAAGUGUUUUUGUUUGGCAAUCUGCAAGUCAUCAGUUGUUCAUCAUGCGUAUCAAGUCUGCUUUCUUUUCUCGUUAUUAAUCAUUUUAAAACAUGACCUUUGAAAAGCCAGCAAAACAUUAUGGCAAUAGUUGCAUUGGAAGUAUUGAGCUUGUAUUUAUACAUAUGUUUUCAAUGUAGGAAUCCAAAGUUUAUGUCAAGGUUAAAGUUAGAUGAUUGCAUUUUAAAUAUAGUCACGAUUCUUUUGAAUAAAAAUAUUUUCUAAAGUAAAUUGUUGACUGCUUAGAAAAGAAAAAUGACUUUUUUUCGUUUAUUUGUUUCAGCUAUAUCCAGUGUCAGCUCUCACUUCAACAGAGCCCACAGUGAAUGCUUUCCUUUAGAGCACCAGCAACAUUCUCAAAUGUCCCUAUGCCAAAAAGCACUGAAAGCAUUGAAUAAAAGUUUCAUACAUUUCAAACUGUGCUUCGGAGACUCAAUGUGAAGUGUAAAAUAGUCCAGUUCAGGUUUGACCCCGACACGCCGGGAUUUGAGGACUCCUUCUUUAGAACAAAAAUGCCCUGCUUGCUUAUUAUUUUUCGGAAUAAACAGAUUUGUAUUUAUUGUGCAGACACCACUUAGACAUCUGAUUGUGCACUUUGUCAGAACACACCUGGAGAGACGCGUUUUGGAUGUUCCAUUAAACACUGUCAUGUAAUUAUGAUAAUGAACAUUCUUAUGAGGGUAAUUCGGUCAUUAUAUUGUUAUUGUUUGGGUUAGACUGUUAUUGUUGAUUAAUGCAGUACAACCCAAUGAUAUUCUCAUUUUCUCAAAUUUACAUGGGUUUGUUUAUGUUCUCUACACACAAAACAUAAACACAAAAAAAGUCCUAUUUUUAAAGCAAUAUACAUUACAAAUUGCACAAACGUUUGGAAAAAAAGUCACAGGACUACAGGUGCAUCAAAUAAAUUGGAAUGUUAUUGAAACGCUAUUCAAAAAAUAACACUCAUGCAUUAGAUAGAUUAUUCACAUACACAGUUUUAACACUUAAUUGUGUUCCACAUAUUAAUCCAAAAUAACCUUUCAAUAAUAUUCAAAUUUUCCAAACCUGCAAAUCAACAAAUCAGAUUUUAAUAUCACCAUAAGAAAAAUGCUGGUUUUAAGGCACUUUGACUCUAAACUGUGCUCAUUAUGAGAUAUACGUAAACGUCCAGAAUGUUCCUUUGUUUGUAGACUGUGGAUGAAAUUGCUGCAUUUAGUAAGAAUAAAGAAACUCAAAGUCUUGAGUAAGUAAAAAAAAAGUAUUUUUAUAAAUGUGUCUAACGCUGCUAAUUUAUUUAAGUGCUGAUUUUGUUACAGCAAAGCAAACGUUUAUUAUGAUGUGUAAUGGAUCCCCUAGAAAAUGAUAAUGUGCAUAAAGAAAGGAACAAGCAGUUUAGCCUGUGUGGUCUAUUAGGAAUAAGAAAGGAAGCUGUAUUUAUUAAUUUAUCUUCAACAUAUGUAAGAAAGUGAGAUAAGUUAUUUAAUGAGCUUGUGUUGAGUUAUUUUGUUAGAUUAUAUAACAGAUGGUUGCAGAAUUAUGUCAAAAUGGUGUGUGUAUGGCUUAUGAAAUUUACUUUUUAUUUUUAUUUUUUCCUUUUAAAUGCAAAAGUAAACCUUUCAUUGAAGAAACACCAGUUUGGCUGUUGUACAUUCCUCACACACAGAUGCUCUGCUGUAGAUUAAUGCCAUGGAAAAGAUAUGAAUGAAAAAUCCUCAUUAAUAUCCCUGAUCAGAGUCUUUUAAAUAGCAUAGUAUUAGCUAAAUAAAUAAAAUAAUGUUGCCUGUAAAAGGAAUGUUUAUCUUCUCACUGCUGCUUGGAGAUAAUCAAAACUGUCCACUUUAAUUACCGAUUUCAGCUACAGCGAGAUUGUACACACUUAUGAGCAAAUGUGCUUGUUUACUGCUUUUUUUUUCAGUGCAGAUGACCUGAGCAGAAAAACAAAUUCCAGUCACAUCAGCAGCUCAUCAACAUAUAAAUUACCACUGAAUGCUGUGUUCCAAUCUGUUUGCAGCUUAGAUUUAUCUUCAAAACCCUAAUUGAACCAACGCUCGUCGGAGUGGCAGUACUCAGGCUUUAAUUUGAUCAAAGGAAAGUGAUGAUGAGUUAUCAUAAACUUAUUGAGAGAGAAUUGGAAUGAGGUAAAUUCUCUCUACAGAGUGGGCUGGAAUUAUUAGUCUGUGUUACUAAAGAUUUUAUUUGGAGGUAUUCACUCCAGGCAGAAAAUGGUUGCUGCAGAAUUUUUUUUUACAGUAAAUGUCUUUCAUUUAAGGCUUUCCUCUGACUCUGCUGGUGUCCCAUUAGUGCAGUUUUAUCAUCAGUGCCUCUCUUCAGUGAACGCUUUAAAGUGCUAUGUUUUUAUGAGGUGGAUGAACAGUAAGCAGAGAAUUAAUUAAACUCCAAAUACAUCUAAAGAGGAUGGUGCGAAAAUAGAAAAAUCUUGUGUAAAUUGCAUUACAAUUUCAAAAUCCUUAAAAUGUUACAAGUUAGCUCAUAUUACUAUUUUUUUCUAGGGACAUGAGAGAUUAUUUAAUAAUUUAUAUUAUCUUUCAUUUUAUUUUAUUUUCGCCUUAAGAGCUGUGCAAUAUAAUUUGGUCUUAUACAAACUUAUUUGUUAAAAAAAUUUACUUACCUUUGAACAUUUUCAAAUCUUGUAAGUUCUUAUAAUUAAAUUACACACAGGUAUUCUCUGCUUACUAGUUAAGGAACUUUUUAAGGCAGUUGGGCUGGAUUUUAUUCAGUGAUAUCAGAUUAAGACUCUAAAUACAAAUGUCUGUCACACCUUUCAGGUUGUUUUUUUUAUUUUGAAAAUUAUGUACUUUCCCUUCGACAACACAAUUAUGCUGUCCUUUCUGCUGUUCUAUCUCAUAAGAUUCUAAGAACAUACAUAGAAUGUUUAAGACAUAACAAAAUGUGAAAAAAUAAAUAAAUGGGUGUGAACACCCAUGCAAGACACUAAAUGUUGCUUCCUCUCUGCUCUGCUUCAGCCAUCAUCUAAUCUGCUCUUUUCUCACUAGUAACUCCGAGCUAAAAAUAUAGAGUUAGAAUUUAUGAAGUUCAGAAGCCUGUGCAAAAUUAGACUUGGUGAACCAGAAGAAGCAUUAAAAUGUUGUAGUGGAAGGACAAGUAAAUUCAGUCUUUUGUGGGGCACUUUUUGCUCACAGUGUGCUGCCUUUGUAGUGUGGCACUAACAAAAGUCUCCACAGUUUGACUCCCCACAGUCCGACACCCCCCUGCUAGGCAGUAAAAGACAGCCAACUUGAAAUAGAAGAAAGCUCAAAGAAACCUCUUUAUUUUUAACAAACAUCUGUGGAAGCUAUGGUUAUUUUAUUUUACCUCUUCUUGGUUGUGCGACCACCAUAGAGUGAUGUUUGGGAAAAGAACUGGGAUGUGGCUUUUUGUGGUGGGGAGACUAAAAUUAAUGUCCGGCCUUUUAAAUUUAUUUUUGUUGCCACUGAUAGUCAUUGUGUAAGUGAACAACAAAGUACAUUUGAAUUAAUAUUAUUAUUGUUAUUAAAAAAAUCUAUGUUUGACUCA